ACAAUCAAAGUCAAUGGUCUUCAUGAAAUUAUACAAAACAACCACUAGCAGUGCAACACCCAGAUGCAACCAUCGAUUGAGCCUUUUUUAGUUAGAAAAGGAAUCCUGAAGUUAAUUCAAAGGCCCAGGGAAGAGAAGCUACAAAAUGAUGUUAUCAGCACGUAUCGAUGAUACCGGCUCCUCAUUCGUAUUGCCAGAGCACAUAUGUCAACGCUUUACACUUUCCGAAAUUCAGUCGGCCACCCACAACUUUGAUGAAGCAUCGGUCAUUGGCCGUGGAGGAUUCGGCAACGUGUAUAAAUGUUCUAGCAAGAUCGGGUCGAUAAGGGAAGUUGCAGUUAAACGGUUACAUUCCUUGUCCAACCAAGGAGCCCAAGAGUUUGAGGCAGAAAUUAAGCUCCUUUCUAAGUUGCGACAUGCUAAUCUUGUAUCUCUGAUUGGUUAUUGCAAUGAGGGAAAUGAGAUGGUGCUUGUUUAUGACUUCAUGCCGAAUGGGACACUUGAAGAUCAUCUUCGCAAAGCUGAUUCAGUCUUAUCGUGGUUACAAAGACUCAAGAUAUGCAUAGGUGCAGGUCGGGGAUUAGACUACCUUCACACUGGUACGUCGACUCAACAUGGAGUCAUACAUCGCGAUGUGAAGACCUCCAAUAUUUUGUUGGAUGCAAAUUUUGCUGCUAAAGUUUCAGACUUCGGAUUGGCCAAAGUUGGUCCAAUAGAUCAGAUACGAACUCAUGUAAGCACCUGUGUCAAGGGAACAUUUGGGUACAUGGAUCCGUGCUACUUCUAUACAGGAAAAUUGACAAGAAAAUCUGAUGUUUAUGCUUUUGGGGUUGUACUGUUUGAAGUGUUGUCAGGCAGGCAAGCUGUAGAUUCAACACUCGAUGAAGAGCAAUGGAGUUUAGCAGCUUGGGCUCAAGACCAAAUCAAAGAGGGAAACCUCAGUAAAAUUAUUGACUCUAGACUGAUGGGACAAAUCUCAAAAAAAUGUUUGAAGGAGUUUGCAAACAUAGCAGGCCACUGUUUACAUUCCCACCCAAAACAACGCCCUACCAUGGCGGAGGUUGUAAUCAAGCUUGAGUCUAUUCUUUCACAAGAAAGAGAACGCACCAAUUUUGCUGUUGACGAAGGAAGAUUCAUUUACAAAUUAAGAUCUUUUUUUACAGGCAAAGUUGAUGUGAUGUCGGAUGGUGUAGUAGAAAGCAUAUAUCUCAUGCCGGAUAAUACAGUAGGAAGCGAAUCUGAUUUCAGAGCUCUACGUAUUCAGUUAGCUAAGAAUCAACGUUUAAAACAUUUUACAUAUGCUGAAUUGGUAAGUGCAACAAGUGAUUUCAAGCACAAAGAGCAUUCCCACACUUUGAAUGAACCCAUUUAUAAAGUUUGGGUUGAUGAAACAACAUAUGCGCCCACAGAAUGUGGUGUUGGUUUGGAGAUAUAUGUUAGGAAGAAGAAGAUUGAUGCUGCGAAGCCAGAACUCGAUUUUGAAGAAUUCAAUCAUCCCAACCUUAUCAAACUCUUGGGAUAUUGCUGGCAUUGGCAAGAAUUUUAUUGCUUUUACGAGCUCAUUCAUGGCGCAAGUUUAGAUAAAUAUCUUUUUGGAGAUCCAGGUACAAUGUCACUUUCUUGGGUUGCACGAUUAAAAAUAGCAGUAGGAGCAGCUCAAGGUUUGGCUUUCUUACAUCUGAGGAAGCUUGCAGCAUAUACCCAAUUUAAGACCAAUUGUAUUUUGGUGGACACAGAUUUCAAUGCUCGGCUUUCGGAUUACGAAGUAGAAAAUUUAUUUGCCACACCUGAGUGGCACUUUUACCAGGAAUACAGAAUUGAUGGUAUUCGCAGAUGUGAGCCUGAAGACGGUCCUGGAGUGAAGAGUGAGAUUUAUGCUUUUGGAGUCGUACUGCUCGAAAUAUUAACAGGGAUGAAGGCCGAUGAUGUGCAGAGACCCCUCACAACGCAAAAUUUGGUAAAAUGGGCUACUCCAUUGCUAGUAAAUGAGGUAAAAUUGAGAACUAUUAUGGACCCACAACUUCAACGUAAUGGUUAUACUCCAAAGGGAGCAUUCAAGUUAGCUAAACUUGUUUCAAAAUGUCUUCAAAAAAAAUUAGACGAUCGGCCAUCAAUGGAAGAAAUCGUCCAGGCAUUGUGUCGGUGCUAUGAAGAAGAAAUCAAAUUAGUUUGUGCUCCAACAUAAUCUAUAGAUAAGGUUUUUGUAAAUAAUCUAAUAAUGUACAUGUUAGCCGAAUAAAUUUGUUAGGCCCUUUUUAGUUUGGGCCCAAUGCUUGGCCCUUUAGUCAUUUAGAUAGGUUUAACCUAAUUUGCUUUCCUAUUUAUUGAUAUGGUUUAGUAAAUAAAUCUAAAAAUGUACAGUAUAUGAUGCUGGAAA